ACAUUCUAUUUUUUCCUUUAUUUAUUGUACCAGAGCAUUUCUACACGUAGUGCAGGUUUGCCACACUAACUUCAACGUUAGUUGAUCUAUUUGGAACACCAUUAUACUUGUACUUCCAUAAGAAAAUGAGUGACGACGAAAAGGAAUUUGUUGAGCGGGAUUCCCGCUCUGGAUCCAGAAGUGUAAGCCCAAGGGGUUCAGCCAAAUCUGCCAGCCGCUCCCCAGCCCAGUCCCCUGCCCCGUCCAAAGAUGGAUCCCGCCAUUCUCACUCCAAGUCCCGUUCCCGCUCCAGAUCCAAAUCCAGGUCACGUUCCCACCGGAGUUCCCGACGACGUUACUCGCGCUCACGUUCACGUUCUGGGUCCAGAUCCUAUCGCCGGCGCUCUCGUUCGGGUUCAGACAGCGGCGAGUACCGCCGCAGGAGGAGCCACAGCCGCUCCCCCAUGUCCAACCGCAGACGCCAUGUUGGAGACCGGGCAAAUCCUGAACCCAGCUGUUGUCUGGGCGUCUUUGGUCUGAGCCUUUACACCACCGAGCGGGAUUUGAGGGAAGUGUUCUCCAAGUAUGGCCCUCUGGCAGACGUAAACAUUGUCUACGACCAGCAAUCACGCCGUUCCAGGGGCUUCGCAUUUGUCUACUUUGAGAAGAGUGAGGACUCUAAGGAGGCAAAGGAACGUGCCAAUGGCAUGGAGCUGGAGGGGCGCAGGAUCCGGGUGGACUUUUCCAUCACAAAGAGACCACACACCCCCACCUUGGGUAUCUACAUGGGUCGGCCCACCUAUGGUGGUGGAGGUCCUAGCAGUUCACGCCGUUCCCGUGAUCACUCCGAGAGAGGGUCCGAACGAGGGUCCGAACGAGGGUACGACCGUGGUUCCGAACGAGGGUACGACCGUGGUUCCGAACGAGGGUACGACCGUGGUUCCGAACGAGGGUACGACCGUGGUUCCGAACGAGGAUAUGACCGCCACGAUGACCGGGACUACCACAGAUCAUACAGGCAAAGGUCCCCCUCUCCGUACUAUCGUCGCGGGGCAUACAGAUCGAGGUCACGGUCUUACUCGCCACGCCACUAUUGAGGGAGAUCGUCAGACAGCGUUCAUGUUUUAUUGAAGAUGAGUGCAGUGGGGAUGGGAGAGAGGUUGUGGAAAUCAGGAAUCAGAAGACCAAAUCUCAACUUCACACGCAUUAACAUGACAUGUCAUUGACGGAUGGUAACUGACCUACAUUAGAUAGAUGUUUCCCUAUGUUGGCCCAAUCAGUGUAUUGUGGACAGUCUGUAAUUCUUAUUGUUUUGAAUGUAUUGACCUCCCUUUUUAAUUAAUCAGUUUUAUGUACGCAAAUGUUAGCCAUUUUUCUGGAUUUCCUGGACGGAGACUGCCUGCCCUGAAGUUCUUUUUUUGUAGUGCUGUGCUCUGUAGCCUUGUAUGUUGGCAUCUUAAAGCAAUAAAAUGCUUUCCCCAAA